GCUCCCCUGGCUGCCCGGGCCCAAGGGCUGGGAGAUCGGGGUGAGCGCAGCGCUGGCAGGAAGGGACCGAUCGCUGUUGUGAGUCCAACGCCUGCUGGCUCCAGACUUUUCUUCAAGUUUUUGCAGGAAAUACUCCCCUUUGCCACAGGGUGUAGUUUACGGAUUAGAAAAUACUGCUGGAGAAAGCUGCUAGUGGCUUCAUUUUCCAAGAAUAGCAGCGCCUAAAUUUAGGCUCAGCAAUGAUCAAGGAUAAGAAGUUUUUCAGGAUGAACAGCAUUUUGAGACCACUGUAGAGACUGUGAAACCUCCAUCGUGGCACAUCAUGAUGCUUCUCCUACAGAGUGUGUGAUGAGGAGCGGCGUUUGGCUGUGGAGUUCUCGGAACCAGCGGCAUUGCCGGGGACUCGGAGCCCAGCGCUGACCACUAGAGAGCCCCCACACAAUGAACAAACUGAACUUCCAUAACAACAGAGUCAUGCAAGACCGCCGGAGUGUGUGCAUUUUCCUUCCCAACGACGAAUCUCUGAACAUCAUCAUAAAUGUUAAAAUUCUGUGUCACCAGUUGCUGGUCCAGGUGUGUGACCUACUCAGGCUAAAGGACUGUCACCUGUUUGGACUCAGUGUUAUACAGAAUAAUGAGCAUGUGUAUAUGGAGCUGUCACAGAAGCUUUAUAAGUAUUGCCCAAAAGAAUGGAAGAAAGAGGCCAGCAAGGUACGACCAUACGAAGUCUCUUGGGGUAUUGACCAGUUUGGACCUCCUAUGAUUAUCCACUUCCGAGUACAAUACUAUGUGGAAAAUGGCAGACUGAUCAGUGACAGAGCAGCAAGAUUCUAUUAUUACUGGCACCUGAGAAAACAAGUGCUUCAUUCUCAGUGUGUGCUCCGCGAGGAGGCCUAUUUCCUGCUGGCAGCCUUUGCCCUGCAGGCUGACCUUGGGAACUUCAAAAGGAAUAAGCACUACGGAAAAUACUUUGAGCCGGAGGCUUACUUCCCAUCUUGGGUUGUUGCCAAGAGAGGGAAGGACUACAUCCUGAAGCACAUUCCAAACAUGCAUAAAGAUCAGUUUGCACUGACCGCUUCCGAGGCUCAUCUUAAAUACAUCAAAGAGGCCGUCCGGCUGGACGACGUGGCCGUUCACUACUACAGAUUGUAUAAGGAUAAAAGGGAGAUUGAAGCGUCUCUGACCCUCGGGCUGACCAUGCGGGGAAUACAGAUUUUCCAGAAUUUAGAUGAAGAGAAACAAUUACUUUAUGACUUCCCCUGGACAAAUGUUGGAAAGUUGGUAUUUGUGGGUAAGAAAUUUGAGAUUUUGCCAGAUGGCUUGCCCUCAGCCAGGAAGCUCAUCUACUACACGGGGUGCCCCCUGCGCUCCAGGCACCUCCUGCAGCUGCUGAGCAACAGCCACCGCCUCUACAUGAACCUGCAGCCCAUCCUGCGCCACAUCCGGAAGCUGGAGGAAAACGAAGAGAAGAAGCAGUACCGGGAAUCUUACAUCAGUGACAACCUGGACCUUGACAUGGACCAGCUGGAAAAGCGGUCCCGGGCCAGCGGGAGCAGUGCGGGUAGCAUGAAGCAUAAGCGCCUGUCUCGUCACUCCACCGCCAGCCACAGCAGUUCCCACACCUCGGGCAUCGAGGCGGACACCAAGCCUCGGGACCCGGGGCCGGAGGACAGCUACUCCGGCAGCGCCAUCCACCGCAAGCUGAAGACCUGCAGCUCGAUGACCAGCCACGGCAGCUCCCACACCUCAGGGGUGGAGAGCGGCGGCAAGGACCGGCUGGAAGAGGACUCGCAGGACGAUGAAAUAGAGAUGUUGGUUGAUGACCCCAGGGACCUGGAGCAGCUGAAUGAAGACUCCCUGGAGGUCAGCCCGGACAUGUGCAUCUACAUCACGGAGGACAUGCUCCUGUCGCGGAAGCUCAAUGGACACUCUGGGUUGAUUGUGAAAGAAAUCGGUUCUUCCACCUCCAGCUCCUCCGAAACAGUUGUCAAACUUCGUGGCCAGAGCACCGAUUCUCUUCCACAGACUAUUUGUCGAAAACCAAAGACUUCCACGGAUCGGCAUAGCUUGAGCCUCGAUGACGUCAGACUUUACCAGAAAGACUUCUUGCGCAUCGCCGGUCUGUGUCAAGACACUGCUCAGAGCUACACCUUUGGCUGUGGCCACGAACUGGACGAGGCAGGCCUCUACUGCAACAGCUGCCUGGCUCAGCAGUGUGUCAACAUCCAGGACGCUUUCCCAGUCAAAAGAACCAGCAAAUACUUUUCCCUGGACCUCACUCACGAUGAAGUUCCGGAGUUUGUUGUAUAAAGUACGUCUGCGUGCAGCUAUACGGCAGGCCGCCCGCUGUUCCCCUGGGGCCGUGAAAGCCAUGAGUUCUUUCUUAUUUCUCGUGCCAUAUGUCCCUCACCCAAAACACAGCUCUUUCUUUAUAUUUGCGACGGAAACAAAGCCUUGGGACAAUUGCACUUUAAGUAUUACACAGACGUGAAAGAGAAUGUACAGCAAGACAAGUGCCUGGAGUUCAUGAUCCUGUGGGAGGAAAUGUGCUUUACUGGUUACCGAGCCUUCAGAACAUGGAACCGUGGUGUGUUUGCUCAUCGUUCUGUUCUUUUAGUUCAAUCACACGUAAUAACAUCAUGGUUUUUAUCAUGGGGAUGAUGUGAGGUGUGUGUGCCUGUACAUUUUUUUUUAUCACUCCCUCAUGAAAUGCCCGUGUUUUGAGGGAGGAGAAAAGAGUCUCCUUUUUCUGGAGAGACCGUGGCCUAGCCCACACCCAUUGCCGCCUCACUGGGGCUGUCCCAGCGUGAACACUGGCGAAGCAGUCAGAAUCAGUGCGUCUAGCAAGCCAAAGAGAUGUGCCUGACGGAAGUGCAGCCCAGGGUAGGACCGGCAGGCGUGAGCGAAGCAGUAACCGAAGACCCCAUGCUGCGUGCGGCGCCUGUGACUCCUCUGUGCCCAGUGCCACGUCCUCCUCCUGCUCUUCCAGAAAGGAAUAGAGCAACUGUGUUCAUGUCACAAUGUAUUUUGUAGAGUUUCCAACACUGUUUUCUGUUAAAACGAUGGAAAUGUCUUAGAAAAUGUUCGUGCUUAGUGUUUGUUUUUCAAAUAAAUCAAGAACAAAUUAUGGUAAUGCUAGUUUCUGCUUAACCAGAAAUACCCUAACUCUCCCCAGAUGUUAUUAUACAUAUAUAAAUACAUGAGAUAGUGCGUGUUUAUACGUGUGUAAAGCUUCCGUGACUGUCUUAUGUACGUGGCCGGUCUUGUUGAAUAGGGAGGAUGCGUCAUUGAAUGAAUGAUCCCUACAGACAAUCAGUUGAUUCAUAUAAAAUGACUAUUUCUCAUGUGUCUUUCGCUGUGAUUCUCAACCCUGGUUGCAUAAUAGAAUUAUUUGGAGAGGUUUUAAAAAAAAUGUCUGGGUCCCACCUCCAGUGAAUUUAAUUAGACCCAGGCGGACUGCCUUUUCCUGUAAAGUUCUCCAAAUGGAGCCGGUAUCAGCAGAGCUGAAAACCAUGGAUCCAGAGGAUGUCUUUCUUAUUUUGACAUAAAAGCAUCCAGAAAAUGUUAGUGUUUGAGAAAGGGCCAUUUUAAAGACAGUUUCUGUCACUGCUCUUAGGUUUUAGAAGGAAACCAAGUCCGGGGAAUGAACUCGUCAGCCUUUAGAUGUAAUGGCCUUGCUCGCUCUUUACGAGAGAACUUUAGCACAGUGUCUUUCUAUGAGAUGUUUUUAAUGAUUUCAUAUUUAAAGCAUUUGUUUACCAUAUUUUGAUAUACCAUUUUUCUACCUACCAGGUUUUAUUAAAAAAAAAAAGAAGCAACACUAUUAUUUUCUAAAGAAACAGUCAUAUUUUUAUACAAAGUUAAGUUUUCAGGUAACAAAGAUAUAGAUUUAGGAGACGGCAGAACACGCAGUGUUACCCAUGGAUGGGAGUCAGUAUUACAGACACACACGGGAGCACACUCCACCUGCGUGGUGCCCCGCAUGCCCACGCAGGCGUGGCAGGGCCGUGUGCACACAAGCCUGGUCAAGUCAGUCUAACUUGACACUUUAAAAGGAAAAAAAAAUUCUGUAGAGUUCUAUAGACAUGGAAUCAUUGUACUUUUAUCCAAUGUUUUGAAAGAACCAAAGUUUCAGAUAUCAGAAUGUAUAAAAGUAUCUCAGCCUCUGUAUAAAAGGGUGAAAGUGCAAAAGGAUCAUCUCGUGACUGUUUUUCUUAGACAUCAUCACGAAUUCACCGUUUCCUGUAGAUGCUGAAGGGACAGGUCCUGGGGAAGUUGGACUGGAAAGAGCCCCGGUCACAACGUGCCGUGUUUCCUCAGCUUUCAGUGUUUCUUGCAAAGAUCAAGAAAAAAAUAAAGUAAAUGUAUUUACUAGGUAGCGCUUUUUACUUUAUUUUCUCUCAACUUCCACCUGAGCCACGUCUUCAGGGUUCUGCCAGCACAGUUGGUGGUUUUGCACACCUUCUUUCUAAUUGGAUUGAUGCGUCGUCUUGUGGGUUUUCAAGAAUGAAACAUGCUGAGGACACUUUUGUUUUGUGAUCCACUGUUUGCAGCAGAAUUAUAUAUAUGUAUAUGAAAAUCCAUUUUGAAUACCUACAUUUUUGUAUUUGGAAAUUGUUUUAAAAAAUAAAAAUAAAAAGUAUAAAGCUGUUAUUUAUUCUGCAUUUGUUAAUGUCCAUUGCUAAGUUAGUGUACCGAUUUGGUAUGCACUGCUUCUCCAUUUGUAUUUGCAACAGUGAGCUUUCUAUCUACACAAACUGUAAAGAAUCCUUUCUGUGAAAGGAUCGACAUAGCGGGAUGAUACCAAAAGUGUGUAAAGAACAAACUGCAUUAUUUUGUAAUUAUUCUUAUAGGCAUUUCAUGGUAAGAUCAACAGUCAAUAAAGUUACUUUUUAUUUGUC